AUGUCCGACACAGAAAAGAAGGAAGAGUUCGCGCCCCAAGCGCCGCCUGCCAGCGAUGGUGAGGCUGAGGCCGUCAAGAGUCCUGCGAGCCCGGCAGGGUUCGAUAAAUCAGCGUUCCCGGAAGGCGGUGCCAAGGCUUGGCUGACUGUCUCUGGCGCCUCGGCAUGCCUUUUUGUUUCCUUUGGAUGGGUGAAUUGCGUCGGCAUUUUCCAAGAUUAUUACCAGGAAAAUCAAUUGCGCGACUACACGCCGUCAGAUAUCGCAUGGAUCCCUGCGCUGCAAAUUUUCUUCAUGAUCUUUAGCGGUCUAUUCGUCGGCAAAGUAAUUGACGACUAUGGACCGGCGCUUCCUCUUGCCAUUGGCACUUUCUUCCACGUCUUCGGCCUGAUGAUGGUCAGCAUCUCAAAAACGUACUACCAGAUCUUGCUUAGCCAAGCUAUCUGCUCUGCAAUCGGCGCCUCCAUGGUGUUCUAUCCUGCUUUUACCUGUGUUACGACAUGGUUCUUCAAGAAACGUGGCGCCGCCAUUGGGCUCACGGUCUGCGGCUCGUCCCUCGGAGGCGUCAUCUUUCCCAUCAUGCUGAUUCAUCUCAUCCCGCAGAUCGGCUUCGGCUGGUCUAUGAGGGUCUGUGCCUUUCUCAUUCUGGCUCUGCUGAUCUGGGCCAACUUCACCGUUCGCUCACGCAUCCCGCCAACCAAACGCCCGUUUCGCGUCAUGGCUUUCUUUCAACCAUUCCGGGAACUGCCCUUCUCACUGCUUACUGCAGCAGUUUACUUCUUCUACUGGGGCAUGUUCAUUCCUAUCACCUUCAUUGUGGUAGAGGCUCGCGCAGGCGGCAUGUCGGAGGGCUUGUCACAAUACCUCGUCCCCAUCCUGAACGGCGCCAGUAUCAUCGGACGCACAGUACCCAACGCCCUCGCCGACAAGGUUGGCCACUUCAACAUGAUGAUCACAAUGAGCUUCUUGACCAUGAUUCUUAUCCUGGCCUUUUGGCUACCUGCGACCGGAAACGCCGCAGACAUCACCUUUGCGGCCCUGUUCGGCGUAGCAUCCGGAGCCGGUAUUGGCUUGACACCCGUGCUCGUCGCGCACAUCUCGCCCAUUCAGGAUAUCGGAGUCCGCACCGGUGCUGCGUAUGCUGUUGCUUCUAUUGCUGCUUUGACUGGCUCGCCAAUUGGUGGCGCCAUUAUCAGCAGCAGUCGCGGAUCGUUCCAAAACACCAAGAUCUUUGGUGGAGAGAGUGUCAGGAGAUGA